AUGGGCAACAAGGGCGAACCUACAGUCUUGGACUCCAGGAGUCACAAGAGUACUUCUUCUAUCCGACGAUUACUCCACGUCCUCAAGUACGCCACCAAGAACCGACAAGCCGACACAGACUCCUUGAAAAGCAAAGCCAGCGACGUGCCUUCAGUACCCAGCACGCCUCAAAGCAGCAGCACCGACGAUAAAACAGAGUCCACCCGGUUCAAUGCAGAUGAGUUCAGAAUGCGCGUUCUACACAGCAACGUGUCUUCAGCUGUGCCCCCAAAGUCCAACCCAGUCACUGCAUCCGAGUCUACCCACCAAACCCUCUCAAGUGUUCCUGAGAAUACCGCAUCCAAGAAUGGUCCCCAGGAACCCUCCCAGGCAUCCGUUGCCCCAAGCAGCACUGACACCACUAUUGCUUCUAAGCCCUCAAAGAGCCGCAAGCCACGCAAGCCUACCAUGAUUACCCCUGAACUCAUGCAGCAGAUCCAGAUCUCCAACAAGAAGCAUAGUGGCGGUGCUCUGCGGGAUAAUGGUGAGCUUCGCAGGAAGAAUCUGGGAACUGCAACUGUGACAAAUAGAGCAAAGGCUGUUGUUGCUAGCCCUCUUCGGUGGUCGGAGGAGUAG